CCGUGAAAGAAGAACAUUUCUCCUUCCGAGGUUAGCUGGGUUAACUAAAGAUAAACACUUGAUAAUGACAUUGAAAUAUAUUAUUACUAUUUCAGCUGGUUCCCAUCAGAUUCUGUACAGCAAGAGUUAGUUCUUCAUCCCGUGAAACACGUUAUAAAAGGCCGGUCCGACAGGAAGCAGAGGAUGGCUUUUCCUUGUGUGCGUCUGUGCAGUCGACACAUGAGCGCCGGGCUUCAAGUCUGUGGUUAUGCGACACUCAGUAAAGCACCCAGACCCAGUCCCAGGCCGCAGGAGAAAAGCAGCACUGGUCCAGUUUUUCAGUACGUCGGCCAGCACAAAAAGCCCAACCACAAAGUGUUUGUAUGGGGCUUCAGCUUCACCGGUGCUCUGGGUAUCCCCAGCUUUGUGGUGCCGGACAGCGGCAGGAAGAAACCCCGCAAAUACCAGCUGACUCCUUACCGGCUGGAGACCGCAGAGCAGAUCUCUUCUGCUGCUUGCGGUUACGGCUUCACUCUCAUCGCCUCCUCGACCAAAGAUACGAGCAAGCUGUGGGGCAUGGGCCUGAACAAGGACUCUCAGCUGGGCUUCCAACGCACGCAACACAGCCGCCUUAAGGGCUAUGAGUACGUGUUGGAGCCGUCCCCGGUCGCUCUGCCUCUCGCCAAGCCUCUGCAGACCAAAGUGGUUCAGGUUGCAUGUGGCCGCGCUCACUCUCUGGUCCUCACCGACCAAGAGGGAGUUUUCAGUAUGGGCAACAAUGCGUAUGGGCAGUGCGGAAGGCGGAUAGUUGAAGAUGAAGUCUACAGCGGCAGUCACAUCAUUCACAAGAUAGAAGGCUUCAGCUGCAGGGUCGUCCAGGUGGCAUGUGGACAGGACCACAGCCUUUUCCUCACAGAGAAAGGAAAAGUGUUUGCGUGUGGAUGGGGAGCAGAUGGACAGACGGGUCUGGGACACCACAACGUCAGCCCCAGUCCGGUGGAGGUGGGAGGGGAUCUGGCAGGGGUGGAGGUGCAGCAGAUCAGCACGUACGGAGACUGCAGCCUGGCCGUGUCCAGAGACGGACACCUGUACGGAUGGGGAAACUCUGAGUACCUGCAACUGUCUUCAGUCACUGAGGCCACGCAGAUCAACUCUCCUCGACGUCUUCCUCUGAAAGGCUGUGGAAAGAUUGUUCAGGCAGCGUGUGGAGGGACACAGGUGGCCGUUCUCAACGAAAAAGGAGAGGUGUUUGUUUGGGGAUAUGGCAUUCUUGGAAAAGGCCCCAAACUAUCCGAAUCGGCGACGCCUGAGAUGAUUCCCUCCACACUGUUCGGACGCUCAGAGUUCAACCCCUCGGUCGCCGUCGCCAGGAUCAGGUGUGGCCUCAACCACUUUGCUGCAGUGACAGAUCAAGGCGAGCUCUUCGUUUGGGGGAAGAAUGUGAGAGGUUGUUUGGGCAUCGGGAAGAGAGACGACCAGUACUUCCCAUGGCGAGUGACUGUUCCAGGUCAAGUGGUGGACGUAGCGUGCGGUGUUGACCACAUGGUGGCGCUGGCGAAGUCCCUCCUGUGAGCUCCUGUGUUCCUCAGCAAGUGGAUGAAAGGCUGGAUGUUUGGCUGAGCCCGCCCCCGUCCACCUCUCCCCGCUGACCCCGGGGCGCCUCAGGGAGCCGAUUGGGGCCACGCUGGAGUCUUGAAGCCAGCUGCUCUCCAUAGGCGACGGGCCCUCGUGUCCCUCCGUCCUGCGGUGACGUCAAACAGAGUGCAGAGCAGUCGAUUCUGACACAGCUCACUUUAUCCAGCAUGAAGGUCGACUGAGAGAGAUAUUAAAGCGUAGGUUUGGUUUAUUACGACUAGAGCUGAAUCGAUUCAUAGAUAAUUAUAAUGAUGGCCAAAACUAUGAAAACAAGACCCAAGUCGUAAUAAACCAAACAAGCUUCCCACCAGAAAAACACAGUCAGCUUUCAGGUGGUUAAAACUGUAAAAAUUCUCUGUUUUGUUUGCGCUCACGUUGUUCUUUUGCCACAACACAAGGAAACUGAAGGGAAAUGUGGUGAGCGAAUGGAGUGAUUCACUGUGGAUUGAACAGACUCUCGGAUGUUGUGGCACUCGGCAGGACUGUGAAAUGUUUGUAAAAACAUUUGAAAAGCCAGUGACAACAUACACAAUCCACAAAAAAAUGAUUAUCUCCCUGCCAACUGCAGAUGCAGAGGUGAAAGCACUCUGCCAGGGAGAAAACAACAUUUUAAGGAAUCAAUUUUACACCGUGAACUCGUGUCAUGAGCAGUGCGUGCGUGUUGUGCAUAUACAGGCUGCAGAAUGCUACCAUCAUGGAUCAUCCUGCUGACAGCUUGAGGCUGUUGUUAAAUCAAACGUGAUGGAAAGAUGUUUUUGUGUCGUACUCCCCUUCUGGAUGUAUAAAUAACCUGCUUUUCCCACCUUAAAUGUACAAAAUUGCAAUGGAGAAAAUGCAUGAUUUAAUAUACUAUAUGUAAAUAAAUCUAUUUUUAUUUACCACA